CUGGUGAUUUCAUUUAUUUCCUUUCAGCAGGAACAAUUACCUCCUCUACCAUUUACUGCAUCAGCACGUUCUGAACACGAAUCGGCCAACAUUUGUCUUCCUGCAUCACUUCAGGUGCAACCUAACCAAAUGGAAAUCUUUAAAAAGCACAAGCCUGAGAUAUCUCAACGUGGUCAGAUGAGCGAGACUACCACUAUUUGUUUGCCUUCUUUAUUACUUGCACAGCCUGAAGACCGGACGCUAACAAUGAAACCAAUCGACAACGAAGAGGAUCCGUCAGCACUCAGCUUAAAGUUUUGCAGUGCAGUCUCUGAUACAAAGGCUAUCUGUAUGCCAUUAAAUACCGUUGAGACGGAAAGCCAGCCUGAUGAUACUUAUGUGCUGCCGGAACAUGAGACUCUGAAACUAACUGAGGCACUGAAAGAAGGCAAAGAGCUCGGAGAGGUUCCAACAAUUAUUCAAGUCUCCCAGUUAGCCCAGAUUCCAGAUCAUGAAAGGCUGGAGUUUAGCUUAAUAAACAAGAAUGAUUUUGAGAUUGAAAACAACAAAGAAGCUAUCCAUGCAUCUGAACGAAAGAUUUCUUUUACUUUAUAUAAGGAAAAUGAGUUUGAUGAUAAUAAUGAGAUAACAGAAGGCAGUCCUGAUAUCUAUCCACACUCUGAAGAACUAUUAGAUCAGGGCCUUACGUUUUGCAACGAGAUGUUUAAUCCAUCGACUCCUUGCAAUGAGCUCAAAUCGAUAUCAUCGGAAGAUAGUAAAAGUGUUGAUGCAAUCCCUGGCUUUAAACUUCAGGCACUCAAUGGUUUGGAGCAACAAAUAAGACUCCGUGAUAACCGUAUAACGAGUGAUUCAACGACAGAGCUCUUGGAAGGAACGUUUGAAUGCGGUUUUAUUCCUGAUCUUUAUGACCAUAGUAGUAGAUUACUAGGGGAAAUCUCUCAGACCCCGUUGGUAAUGAUGAAAAACGAAAGUGAGAAGGAAUCAAAGAUGGAAAGCCAAAACUCCUCUGAGGAAGGAGAACAAAUUGAAAUACCUUUCAUUUUUGGUAAUGAUGAAAUAAAUCUAAAGGGACUUUAUGCAUUGGAGGAGCAGAUUCAGAUUUCUCCUAUAUCUUCAGUCAGUCCUUCACCGGGGAACGUACAUGAGGGUUCUAUAGGUACGACCAUGCUUCCAGAUAUUUCGGAUCAUAAAAGCAAAUCCGUCGAGGAGGCAACUAAGCUGCCUGUAGUGAUGGCAUCUUUAAACAGUGAAAAAGGAUUAGACUUUGAGGGUCAUAGCUUGUCAGGAGAGAAAAUCGAGCCUUCUUUAUUACCCACAAAUAAUGAAAAAAAUCUGAAAGGUCUUUCUGCUCUGGAACAACAGAUUGAAGUGACUUCUAUUUCUUCAACCAGUCCUGCAACGAAGGGCUUGCUUGAAGGUUCUAUAGGAGCCACACUACUUCCAAACAUAUCAGAUCAUAAAAGUAAGACAUUUGAGGAAAAUCCCAACCUUCCUGUGCUAAUGAUUUCCUUGAAAACUGAAAAGGAAUCAAAGUUGGAAGGCGAUAGCACAGCAGAAGAAAGUGAGCAAAUCGAAAUAUCGCUCUUUUCAAAUAAUGAGGAAGUUGAUUUAAGGAGUUCGGUGGCACUUGAACAACAAUUCCAAGUUGCGCCUAUUUCCGCCUCCACUAAUGCUCCGUCUGUUGAAUCUGAAGUUUCGAUAGGAGCUACUCUAAUGCCCCUUUCCGCCAACUUAAAGAGUAAAGCUCUUGAGGAAACUUCGUGUUUACCCGUGGUUCUGCUUUCUACCAUAAGUGAGCAUGAAGCAAGAAUGGAUAACCAAAGCAUGCCAGAAGACAGAUUUAUUGUUGGUAGUGAAACUUUAACGGAUAAACAU